AUGUCUUUCACCACCAAUGCUGAAAUUGCUCAAUUCCAGGGCACCUUGUAUAAAUUGUCACAUGAAUCAAACACCACAAACACCAAAAUGGAUGUGAACGUUUUCGUUCCUCCUUCAAAGAACGAUAAGAUUCCGGUGUUGGUCUACUUGUCUGGGUUGACUUGUACUCCCAACAAUGCCUCUGAAAAAUCGUUCUUCCAAUACUUUGCUACGAAAUACGGCUUUGCAAUUGUCUUCCCUGACACUUCUCCUCGUGGAGCCAACAUUGCUGGCGAGGACGACUCCUGGGACUUUGGCACUGGUGCUGGUUUCUACGUGGAUGCCACCCAGGAGCCAUGGUCCAAGCAUUACAACAUGUUCAGUUACGUUCAUAAGGAACUUUUGGAGGGCCUUGCUGGUCACUUUAAGCAAUUGGACUUUGAGAACAUUUCUAUCACCGGCCACUCCAUGGGUGGUAUGGGUGCCCUUGCAGGCUUCUUGAAGAACCCUAACAAAUACAAGAGUGUCAGUGCUUUUGCCCCAAUCUGUAACCCAGUUGAUUGCCAAUGGGGUGAAAAGAACUUCGGUAACUACUUGGGCUCUGACAAGGCCAAAUGGGCCGAGUACGAUCCUACCCACUUGAUCAAGCAGUACAAAUCAGACAAUCAACCUCCAAUUCUCAUCCACCAAGGUGAAGGCGACGGCUUCUACAAGCCACAAUUGAAGCCAGAGGCUUUUGUUUCUGCUGCUAAGGAUGCUGGCUACAAGGGUGGUGUCUCAUUGAACGUUGUCAAGGGCUAUGAUCACCUGUACUUCUUCAUCAGUACAUUUGUUGAAGACCACGCCAAGCACCACGCUAAAUACCUUGGCUUGUCUCAAUAG